CUUACUCUUCAUCUUUUAAUAAUUAUUAUAAUUUAAAAUAGAAAGUGGAGUGGAAGUUUGAUUUGAAGAGCAUGAGAAUAUAAAUUUAACAGUAACUUGAGCUUAAUUAUUUCAAAUGGAUUCAUUUAGUUCCAAUGCAGAAGAGACUAUUCAUAGAAGAAUCUCUUGUAUUUAUGAAGGAGCAUCAGUGAUAACUGAAGCAGAUUUGGUUAAUGCAUUUGAUUUAAAAAAGUGUAUCUCAUUCAUUCAGGAACGUGGAUUUACUAAGGUAUGCCUGCAAUUUCCGGAUAAUCUACUGCAGUUUGCUGUUCAGGUAGCUUUAUGGCUGGAAAAUUCUUUAAACCAAAAGCUGUUUGUGCUAGGAGACACAACAUAUGGCAGUUGCUGUGUGGAUGAACUAGCAGCCCAGCACAUAGAUGGUGAUGCUGUUAUCCACUUUGGACACGCAUGUCUCAGCCCAACGUCCAGACUACCUGUGAUGUACGUCUUGCCUCGGGCAACGCUAGAUCUGGACAAGUUCACGGAUGCUUUUACACAACAUUGUAAUAGUUCUGAGGGGCCAGUGCUGUUGCUGUACGAUGUCGCUUUUAGUCACUUAAUAGAUGAUAUAUCGACAUGUAUUUCUCAUUUGAAAGAGAAGGCAGUGAUAUCUCAGCUAGUCGUACCUGGAAUUCAGACCAAUAGGUGUUGUGAAAAGUGUUCACUGAAUGAAGGCUCAAAUCACGUUGUUUCCUUACUUGGACGAACCUACUGUUGUGAAUCAUUUGCAUCUGUUGUUUACAUUGCCUAUAAACACACUCAAAACAUGCUUAACUUUGCCUUGACGUUCAGAGAUGCUCAAUUUUACACAUACUCUGGAGGAGAUAUUACAACAGUGGAUUUCAACAAGACACUCCGAAGAAGACUUUACUUUGUUGAAAAAGUGAAAGAUGCAAAAGUUCUUGGCAUCUUGGUUGGGACACUGAGCGUGGAUAGUUAUUUGUGUGCUAUUGAAAGGAUUAAGAAUCUGGCAGCAUUCAGAGGGAAGCGCUCUUACAUUUUCUCAGUCGGAAAACCAAACCCAGCGAAGCUCGCAAACUUUCCUGAGAUAGAAGUGUACGUGCUGAUAUCUUGUCCAGAGGCUUGUCUGGAGAGUGAGAAGGACUUCAUGCAACCUGUCGUUUCACUGUUAGAGGCAGAACUGGCAUUGAGUCCAGGCACCAGCUGGGACGACAAGCUGUCUGUGGACUUCAGAGAUCUUGUCAAAAGUGCAACUUCAUUGCCUGAAGGUCAAGAGCCGCUGGCGCCUGAUGUGUCGUUGAUAGUCAACAGGAUACGGUCAGACGUGGUGGUGGCCGACACAGACUCCAGUAAUGCCACCAGUACAGAACUCACCAUCAAAGACCAGUACCAGAUAUCAGUCGCUAGCUCAUACAGCGCUGGAAGAAGUUGGCGAGGUCUUGAACAGGCUCUUGGCCAAACUCCUGUAACUCAAGCAAAAAUUGGUCGCUCAGGCAUUCCUUUGGCAUAUGAAGAAGAAAAGGCCCACCAAAACUCAUGACUUUGGAGACUUUAGUCAAAGAUUGAUUUGUACUUACUUUUGUAAAUAAAUUUGUUUAAAUAGA